AUGAUCGCUAGUUUACUUCCACACUUGAUCCGGAAUGCUACUUUUGGUCAGUGCUUCAUGAUUUUGAAACGGACUCAGAUCGCAUCUUUAAGCAGCAGAUUUUAUCAAAUAACAAGUACGAAUGAUCCGAUUGCUUUAACUGCUGGAGACUUAGGUCGCUUGUAUCAAGUAAGCAAUGAAGACAUUGAUACAUUAUAUUAUCGAUAUAUGUUGCCUCCAAAUUUUCGAAAACAAGUAGAAACAUUGAAUGAAUGUGUUUGGCUAUAUAGGCAAUCAACAUUUGAAGCAACAGCAUGUUUAAAGUUGGUAGGCAUGAACAUUCCGAAUUUACGUGUGGUGCUGUGGGGACGAUGGGGUACUGGUAAAUCGAUGACUGCUUAUCAAAUCAUUUAUCAUGUAUGGAAGCAAGGAUGGGUGUUAUUUACAAUACCGAAUGUGAUAACAAUUAUGAGAGAUUAUGAUGAAGUGAAACCAUCAACUUAUCAUGAAGGUCGUAUUGAUUUUCCCCUACUUGGACAUCAAAUACUAAGAAGAUUCAAGCUAAUGAAUACACGAAAUUGGGAAAAACUUAAGGGAUGUAAAGCCCAGAAACACUACAAAUGGUCCAAAGUUGAGGAAACAAAGGAAGGAGAACCAAUCACGAAUAUUGUUGAUAUUGGUCUUUCUGCUCCUUCUUUGUCAUCAGACUGUGUUGGUGGUUUACUUCGAGAGCUAACGCAUCACUGUAGUGCUGGCAGAUUUCCACUGCUUGUGACAAUCGAUCAUGCGAAUUCUCUUUAUGGUAAAACAACAAUGAAGGAUAAAAAUCAUAAACUUGUGGAUCCGAAAUAUUUCACUUUAAUUCAUCACCUCCGAAAGUUAUUACGAAAUGAUUGGAGGAAUGGUGCAUGCUUGUUGGUUGCCGAUAAAAGGGAGGUAAGUGAGGCACGCGACCACCUUACAGUACCACUGGAAACACCGCUGGAACUCUUCGGAGAGGAUAUAGAAAAAAUAGAGCCUUUCAUACCGAUUGAAACGCCAUUGUAUACGUUCGAAGAAAUGGAUACUCUGUACGAUUAUUAUCUUGAGAAGAAUUGGAUUGCUUCUGAAUCAGGUCGUACAGAACGAGCAAAAAAAGAAUUAAAAUUCUUGAGUGGAAGGAAUCCAUACUACUAUGAACGAAUUUGUGCUUUUAUCUAA